AUGAUACUCGCCGUGCUCUUCGCCAACUCCGAAGGCAACAUCCGCAUCGAGAAGAUGAUACCCUCCUACUCCCAACCACUCACACCACAUCGAGAGGCCUGGAGCGUCAGCUCCUGCAAGCCCCGCAACGGCGUCGCCUCCCUCCGCGACGACAGCCUCGACACCUACUGGCAGUCGGACGGCGCGCAGCCGCACCUGGUCAACAUCCAGUUCCAGAAGAAGGUGCAGCUGCAGCUUGUUGUGCUGUACGUGGAUUUCAAGCUGGACGAGAGCUACACGCCCAGCAAGAUCUCCAUCCGGGCCGGCGACGGCUUCCACAAUCUCAAGGAAAUUAAAACGGUGGACCUUUUGAAGCCAGUAGGAUGGGUUCAUAUAUCAUUAUCUGGCACUGAUCCCCGAGAAACAUUCAUUCAUACAUUUAUGCUCCAAAUUGCGGUGCUGGCCAAUCACCUGAAUGGUAUUGUUGGUACCCUGAUUCAUUGUUGA